UAUUCUUGCUCUGGAUUUCUUCAGCUGUUCCACACGGAAACCAAUCGUUACUUUUUUUUUAACUAACAAUGAAUAUAUAUAUAUUUUUUGGAAUGUGCUAAAUCAAGUUAAUAAUGGAAUUAUCAUGCGAGUCAAUAAGAUAUCUCGAGGAAAAAAGGCCAAAAAGUAGCAAGUUGGUGGAGCUCCAUGUGCUUUAUGUGCCUGAUGACCAGUGGAAUGGAAAGCUCAAUAAAGUUCCCGCGGAGGCCAUCGAGAGUUUCAUAUCUGCAGGUUUUAUCAGAGUAUAUCCCGAUAUAACGCUAAAGAAUCUAAGGAGUGAGCUUGGCAUUUUUCUGGGACCAGAAAUAAGGGUCGACAAAUUCUCCUUCCUGAAAUGUGUCGGUCGCAGUUUAGCAGUGGUCAAACACGAACAAGAGAGGGAGCUAAAAGUGAAAACAUUUGCUCCACCAUAUGCCGCCCAACCCGAGCUCUACCUGCUGGCCGCGGAGGUGAACCACAGCAGCGUCUGCUCCCAGUCGCUCACUCUGGACACCCGCAGCAGCUCCCCAGACCACCAGGCCUACUACCCCCACAAGCCCGGCACCGGGACCACCACCAAGGGACCGCCCGUCAAGUUCCCCCUGAUCCCCCAGGGUUCCCGACGCUCGCCCCACACCCCCGACGCCGCAGACCACGAGGAGCAGCGGGAGGAGGAGGAGGAGGGGGAGGAGGAGGAGGAAGAGGAGGGAGAUGAGGAGGAGGAGGGGUUGGGGGAGGAGAGUUGCUGCUCCACAGAGGGAGCGAGAGGGGAGGCCGGGGUGGGGGGGUUCUCCCUGAAGGCUGACAGGGCAGAGGAGAGGAGUCAGAGGAGGAGGUGCAAGAAUCCCAGCAGGUCACCGCAUGAUGUACAAAGUAAAGACGGUGAUCCGGCCCAGGGGAAGGGCCUGCCUGGGAGAGAAGAGAUGACAGGCUGUAAGAAAGACAAGCUGACCACCAGAGCGGCCAGAGACUCAGGCCUACCAGAGUCGCUGGAAGACAGACAGGCAGGCUUCUCCUCAGACAGGCUCAGACCAUCAAAAGAUUUACAGACGAAGAUGCCGGCGGGAAGGAAGCCGAAACCAAUGGUUCCAGAGAGUCUGGGAGUGUCCUCAAAGCCUAUGAUCCAAUACCGCUCCCAACCUCCAGCCUCUGCUGGGACCCUCACCACAAACGGGCCAGCUGGUACCCCGCUUCUUCAGGAUAACAGUAAGAUAGCGUCUCAGUUCUCAUCCUGGAUCAACAGGACUCGUACAUUGGGGUGGACAGUGACAUGUGUGAGACUAUGGGCUAGUGCAGUGCCGAUACAGAGACUCUUAAACACCAAGGAUGUUGCUGACAUGGGUUGCAUCUCUCUGUCUCAAGGAGAUGAACUUAUUGAGGAAAUCAAGAUGGUGAGGGGAGAAAGGAAGCAGCUCGAGUGGACAAGACAGGAACUGCUGAGGAAGGGGAAAGACUUAUUGGCCCAAAACAGGAACCGUAGGAAUCAAGCUCGUGACAGUUGGAAAAAGAAGUAUUUUGAGACAAAGAAAGCCACGGCACCAAUGGAAGAGACAUUGAGGAAUUUGCGUCAGGAACUGGAGACAUUUUACAAUAAACUCCUGCACCAGCUACAGGCCAGAGACGGCAGAGGCCGAAACAGACAUCAGGGAAGGUCUUCCACAAAGAAUGAGCUCAUCAUUCAGAUCAUGACUGAGAGCCAUGAAAUUGACAACCUGAGAAGACAAGUAGAAGAUGCCAAGAUGAAACUUAUCACAGAGAUAAGGUUAAGGAAGCAGGCUGCUACCGAGCUAAGGGCGCUGAAGGCUGAGCUGGCUCAGAAAAAGAGCCAAUCGAUUCACACUGGACCUAUAACCUCACAACCUUUUGGGCCAAUCCCACGGAACAGACCAUACGCCCAGAAAGCUGGAUGCUAAUUCAAUGUUUAGGUUUGGAAUUCUACACAUUUUAGCUGCACAGAAAAAAAUUAGUGGGAUGUCAAAUUCUGUGUGAAUAUAAGUCGGUGUAUCUUUCUUAAACAAUUUGUUAUUUGAAUAUGCAUUGUGUACUAGAUUUGAUAUCAAGUUAUAUUUAACUUUAGCCACGCUUAUAUUUUGAUGUGGUCCUAGUAUUUGCUAGUAAUGUUUGAUAUUGUAUCUUAUCAUUUUAAAUAUUAAUUGUGAAAGGUGUUCAAAAUGUUAAGUUUCAUUACAUCAUUCAUGAAAAAACUUU